UCUGUACAGGAACUUCGGGAGCAUGAUGGAGGUUUGGGUGGCGGAACAAAUUCCAGAGGCCGACCUUCUGGAGGACAUUCCCGAGGACUCACCCAAACCUUUAUUCUCUCCUUCUCACCUGGACAGAGCAGCGCGAGCCGAGUCUGUGGACUCUGGAGUGGAGACGGCCAGCACGGACACCUGGGGGCCCGCAUCUCCUGAGGCGGACGUCAUGGACCCCACGGACAGCUUCAGGUCUUUUUCAUCUUUGGGAUCCAUGUCGCUGCCUUCUUCUGGCUCCCUCGUGGACCUCAGCUUAAACUCCACCUCAGGGUCCUCCAGACUGAAGAACGCCCUCCAGAGGAUCGAAUCCAGGCGACAGAGCCGCCGCCCUGACGCCCAGCCAUACCUGGCCACGCCAAGGUGUGCCAGGACCUCCGUGCAGAUGUUAGAGGGUGUCCACUUACAAACCCAGAAACUGCUCCACCAGAACCCUGAGACCAGAACCUUCUUUUUGAGCAGCAAGGAGCAGGGUCUACGCCAGGUGGAGUCCGAAGGUCUGAGUCCGGGCUUCGUCCACCUGGAGGAGGUGUGUCGGAGGUUGGAGAUCUUGGCCAGAGAGAAGCGCCUGGACAUGGACGUCCUUUCCAGCCAGGAACACGCAGACGCAGAGCGCCGCCCCGUCAGCGUCAUCGUCUCUUUCCACGGCGACGACGGCGAGCUUCUUGCCGGCGACGACGCCGACUUCCUGCAAGACCCUCGCAGACGUCUUCACCACAGGUCAUCGUCAGACACCACGCUGGCGUCGCUCGAACAUGACGCCCCCAGGGGGCAGCAGCUCAGCACCCACAACCUGCCAGACCAGGUGGAGCAAGACCACAGGCGGGCCCCUAGGUUGCAGAGACAGGAGGCAACACAACACAGCGACAACAAGAACUGGAAGAUCAAGUUUAGUUCUCUGAAAAAAGAUUCUACCUCCAAAGAUGUACACAGUGCAAUCAUGGAGUCAUUUGACAGGAGCAACAAAUUGUUCAAGAGGAGAAGGAGGACAGUUACUCUUAACAAUGCCCAUUGAUAUGACGAAUAAUAUCAUAAUAUUGAUUAUAAUGACAUUGAUCUGAAGAAUAAUAUAAUACUAUUGAUUAUAAUACAAUUUAUAUGAAGAAUAAUAUAAUACUAUUGAAUAUAAUGAAAUUAAUAUGAAGAAUAAUAUAAUACUUUGGACUAUAACAACAAUGAUCUGAAGAAUAAUAUAAAAAUAUGACCUGAAGAUAUUGGGACUUUGGAUAAUACUCUUAGCAUUUUUGUAGCACAUACAUUACAUAUAUUAAGUCAAAUAUUCAAAUCAAAAUUGCAUUUAUGUCAAAAUAUUGAGGUAUUCUUUCCAAAUUAGUUCAUAUCAUGCAUGUAAUUUACUGCGCACACACACACACACACACACACACACACACACACACACACACACACACACACACACACACACACACACACACACACAUACACAC